AUGUUCCGGAGCAGAGUACAGCAAAUCGACGAAGAAGAAGAAGAAGAAAUGGUGGCCCUUACAAAUGUAUUCAGCAGCGGAGCAAUUACGCAGAACACGAAUCCUAAAAUGGAAGGGGUUCUCCCUCCAGGUUCCAUGGGCUGGCCCCUCAUUGGAGAGACUCUUCAGUUCAUUAUUCCUGGAAGAUCUCUAGACCUUCAUCCAUUCGUCAAGAAAAGGAUGCAAAAGUACGUAAUUGAUUAUAUGCUAGCAUAG